AUGGAGAUAAAUGAGAUACCCAUUGUCAAUGACCCGAAAAUAAACAAGGGUAUCAACGUAUUGGAUCCAAAAGAUGUACCUACAAUUGAUGAGGAAGUUCGGGCUGAAUUGAGAAGAAUGGGGGAGCCAGUAACGUAUUUUGGUGAAGGGAAGGCAGAAAGAAGGGAAAGGUUAAUAAAGUUAGUAUCUGAGUUACCCAAUACAAACUUUGAGUUUGCAUAUGUCGAAGAAAAUAAUAGACAGGAAGAAGUAGAAGGGAGUGAUGAUGAUAUGGAAGAAGAUGAGGAAGAUGAAGAUUUUUAUACUCCAGGUUCAGAGGCUUUAUUAGAAACACGUAAAGGGUUUUUAGAAUAUUCGCUUCAAAAAUCAUCGGAAAGAAACGAGCUACAAAAAAAUAUAUCGAAACAACAAGAUUUCAUUAAAACUUUGAAGCAUCGCCGAACAAUAAAUUCCAAUCUUUCUAAAUUCACCCUUUAUGGAACGCAGCUAAUCACAGGAAAUACCAGGACAUUGUCGGCAGUGCGAUUCUCGUCUGAUAGUUCAUUAAUAGCUUGUGGAUCAUGGGAUGGAUCGGUCUAUAUUUUGAGUAGGGAAGAUUUGAAAACAAAGUAUUAUCUGGGACCAGGCCACCAUACAGAGAAAGUGAGCGCCCUAGAUUGGGAUAUGUUCAAUAAUAACAGAUUAAUUGUUACUGGUGGCAAUGAAGGAGCCAUUAAUUUUUGGAUGACUCCUGACACAAACGAUACAGAGCCACAAAAAAUGACACCAUCUGCAACAAUCAAAGAUGCUCAUCAACAUCGAAUAAGUAAAACUUUAUUCCAUCCUACAGGAAAGUAUGUAGUUUCUACGUCAUUUGACCAAACAUGGAAGCUUUGGGACGUUGAAAAACCUCAAGAGGCUUUGGUUCAACAAGAAGGUCAUUCCAAAGAGGUAUUUUGCGGCUCGUUCCACCCUGACGGUGGUCUUUUAUCUACCGGAGGACUUGAUGCUAUAGGUAGACUCUGGGAUUUAAGGUGCGGAAGAUCAAUUGCGACAUUACAAGGUCACAUUAAAGGCAUAUAUAGUAUGGAUUGGUCUCCUAAUGGAUAUAAUUUAGCAACGGCCAGUGGAGACUGUGCUGUGAAGAUAUGGGAUAUCCGUAAAUUUGAUAAUUCCAACCUGAAUGGUGAAUUGUUCUCAAUUCCUUCACAUACUAAAUUGGUUAGUGAUGUUAGAUUUUUUCACAAAAGAGAUGACACCAAGCCGCUGGGAGAAUUAAGUACUACAGUGACAGAUGAGUUUGAUCAGAAUCCUGAACGACUAGAUACAAAUGGUACAUUCUUGGCAAGUGCAUCUUACGAUGGAAUGGUUAAUAUAUGGUCAGCUGAUAAUUGGGUCAAAGUAAAAAGUUUAAAAGGUCAUAGUGAUAAAGUUAUGAGUUGUGACAUUAGUGGAGACGGAUGCUUCAUUGUUAGUAGUGGUUGGGAUAGAUCUGUUAAAUUAUGGAGAAUAUAG